CUUGUGUGGGUAGGAGUGCCAGUGACAGAAACAGUGCCACGCUGGUCAGUCACGAGCUCAGUGUGCCGCAGCCUCCCGUACUGACAGUGCGAGCCUAGAUCCAGUGCCACAGUGGCCAUGCAGUCAGUGUGUCACCUCUUCCCUUAGUAACAAGUGAGUGUAGAGACCUCAUUAGUGACAUGGACUUCACUGUGAUCUCAGAAGAAGUCGAUCUAGGCUCUGGAAAGAAUUUAUGCAGAUUGUGAGUAUUGUGUGUGCCUCUUUAGCCCAGCCACACUAUUUUGAAGAACUGACUCACUGACUCAGCAUUGAGAGCCAUACAAUGAGGCAAUGAGGUGAUGUGGUGGUGGUGUGGAGAUGGAACACACAUGAGGAGAGGAAGCAGUUCUUAUGAUGAGGCCAAAGAGACUAUAAGUCGACUGCAACACCCAUACAGCAUCCACAUAACACCACCAGUUUCAUCUGAUGUGUAGGUGGACUGCAAUACCCAAACAUCACCAUCAAUUCCAUCCAGAGUGUGUAGGUGAACUGCAAUACCAGCACAACAUCCACACGCCACCACUAACCCCAUCCAGACUUUUUUAACUUGCCUUCACCAAAAUGAGUACAACGGAGGCCACACCCUUGGACUCACACACCCCUCAAUGGGCCUACCUGGUGACAGCCAUUGCUGCCAUUGUCAUCUCCAUCCUGGGCUUUUUUGGUAACUUGCUAACCAUCCUGGCACUACCACACACCCGUCGCCUGCGCCACUCUGCCACAUGGCUGGUGGUGAACCUAGCGGUGGCAGAGGGAGCAUUCUGUGUCACCAUCCUCCCUAUCUCUGCUGGUCAUCUGUUGCACAUGCUGUACACUGGCCAGCCUCUCUUUGACGAGACCGGGUGCAGUGUGUUCGUGUUUCUGCGUUAUGUCAACAUUCAAGCUGAGCUGCUCUCUAUUGCUGCCAUUGCUAUCAAUAGAUGUGUGCUCAUUGCCAUGCCCAAGUCGUAUCCAAAUGUGUUUUCGAGCCGCAAGACAGUUGGAAUUAUUGCUGGCAUCUGGCUGGUCUCCGCUGCCAUCAUGCUUAUUCCUCUGCUCAAGGUGUACGGGCAGUUCACAUACAAUCUCGACACGGAGGAGUGUGACUUUGAUGAUAAAACAGCCCAUAAAAAAGCCCCAAGGAAAGUGUUCCUUUCCCUGGGCUUCCUGCUGCCUUGCAUCGUCAUCAUCACCUCAUACUCGUACAUCUACUAUAAGGUGCGUUCCUUUCUUCGUCUCAUACUGAAUACAAUACAUUACAUUAUAUCUAAUUAUAAAGUAGUAGCAGAGCAACACUUUGUAAGCUUUGUGUCCCCUCACAUGCUUGUUUGUUUGUUGUGGAUUCAGGCACAGAGUUCAGCCAAUCUGUUGGCGCGACGCAGACACAAUGCCUCGGAGGACUCCAGGAAGACCAAUUCCCAGCGACCAGUGGAGGGACUGCGUGCUCGGGACAUUCGGAUAGCACGCACCAUAGGUGUCAUUUUCCUGGCAUUCCUGAUUUGUUGCACACCUGUCUCUGUGGCACACUUCAUGGAGACCAAGGUGAACAAAGCUGCACUACUGCUACUGCACCCACUCUAUUGGGCCCAGUAUUGCAUCAAUAUCUUCAUCUAUGUAUUCAUGAAUAACCAGUACAGGGAUGCUUACGUCAACUACAUCUCACAGUGGUGGCCAGACUUUAAGGAGAUGUCAAGGCGUCGGUUCCACUGGCGAGAGGAGCAGACAAGCCAGGACAGUCGCCGCCAGUCCCGUGGGACCACACCAAAUCUCUCUGUGAGGUUCCAGUUGAACAGGAAAGGAAGUGAAGUGAAUUCCUCGCCCCAGGUGAACGAUACACGCCUGUAAGAGAGACAGCCAUGACUGUGACGUUGAGACAUAACAAACACUUGAGAGUGAGAUUACUGUUAUAAACAUUGAUUCUCUUUCUCCUCCUGGGAAGCUUUAUGAGAUAUCAACCCAUAACUGCUUGACUCAUGAAGGUGUGAAUUGUGUCUCUUAUGGUGCACACCAAGGAAAUACUGCCUUGUGGCUCAUGUAUAUAUCUGUCUGGCUAACCCCUUGCACCAUGUAUACAUAAAAGGUUCUCUGUGUUAAAGAUAUUUGUAUGGAAGUGAUGAGGGAAGUACAUGUUUAGUUUAGGAUUAUUUUCAAAAUACUACAAUAUGACUGUAUUCUUAAAAAGUUUAAGUAUUUUUGUCUUGGCUUCCAGUUUAAGAAAGAUUUCAUUUAAAAUGUCUUAGUAUUCCUCAACAACCAGCAGCUAUUAAGAAACCAACUUAAUGCAUAUAGUAUGGAUAAUUUAAACUAUGAAGACAAGAUGUAAUAUAUGGUAAGUUACAGAGAGACAUCAUAUGUUAAGUGAGUUUGAUCUUCAGUGUAAUGUUAUCCACAGUGUAGAGUUGAGGGAGUCACAGAGAGAGGAGACUAGCUCUGUGUUGGCCAUUCACUGGAUCAAGGCACCCAUGCACCUGUCACCUGAGUGACAAGGAUAACAUGUCACCACAUCAUACAUGUGGCAGGGAUCACGUCACCACACCAUACAUGUGGCAAGGAUCACAUGUCACCACACUAUACAUGUGGCAAGGAUCAAAUAU